AUGCAAUUCGAUUCGGCGUCAAAUGUCGCAGGCGAUCCGGCUGCAAUCCGGCUCAUCAUGAGUGGUCUCGUGCAAGUCCUAAUCUCCGCCAUGAUACUCAUUGUGAUCGCCUUCAUUUGCACAUCGUGGUUGUAUAAUAAAGUUGGGUUUUGGCUGGCAGCUGUCUGGAAGCUUAUGACCCCUGGUAAUUGGGAUAUGCUGCUCCCUACUGUGCGAACAAAACCCGAUCAAUCCCACCAGCGAGUUAUCCGACUAUGGCCGUUUUGCUUGCUGACAGGCGUCCUCGCAUUGUUUACCUUACUCGCCCUCAGGCCCUCCAGGCCAUAUAAUCACAUCUCAGUCACUCUCCCGGUUGCUUUACUACGCAUAUUCAAAACACCAUCUCAUGCGGGCAACAAAUGCGACCCGACCUCGUUGCUCUAUGCGGACCCGUUCCCAUUGCCGGACUUGGUCGCAGAGGAAAACUGGGAAACCCCUAACGGUCAUUUCAAGGGCUGGGCUCCGGGGACGAAUAAUUUCUUGGUCAACAAGUAUAGUGAAUACGAACGGGAUUGGCUCUUAGACGACAUGCCUUAUGGUUUCCAGAGAUGGAUUGCAUCUCCAUCUUCGACUUCCUCGAACUCCACGAAUACUACUUCACCCGAAGAUCACUGCCUAAAGCAAUUCUACAACCCCGUCGCUGAUCCUCUCCGAAUCACCAACCUUGACAGAGCCUUGUAUGAGUCGCUCGAGGCCGCCCUGUCUUCCGUACUGAUCUCGAAUGUCAUCCUGAUCACAAUGGAGAGCCAUAGGAAAGACUUGUUCCCAAUGAAAGAAGGGUCCUAUUUACAUAAGCAGAUCUUGGAGACUCAUGAUGAAAAGGCUCAAGAUGAAAUUAAUAAGAAGUUGCGAAAGUUGACUCCUGUUGCUGAACAAGUUACCGGAGAAUCUUUCUGGGGCAAUCCAAAUGAAAAACCAAAGUUCGAAGUUCCUUCUGGCACUUGGCGAGAUUCCGCUGCCCCUGGCAUGGGAGGCAUCAAUGUUGUAGGUGCUGUUACGGGAAGCAGUCUUUCCUUCAAGAGCUUCCUAGGCAGCCACUGCGGUACUUUCCCGCUACCCGUGAAUUUCCUGGAGGAAGUUACAACAGACGUUUAUCAGCCUUGCCUUCCACAGAUUUUCCAGUUAUUCAAUAAUGCGAAACGAGAAAAUAAGAUAACGCCCGCUCAUACAAGCAAGAGAGCCGAAAAGGAUCCGCAUCGCGCCGAUAUUCUUUCCAGACCUUGGAAAUCCGUUUUCAUUCAAUCAAUUACUGAUACGUAUGAUCGACAGAACAUCAUGAACGAGAAGAUGGGUUUCCAUGAGGUUGUCACUAAGGAAACAUUAGAGGAUGAAGAUUCAAAAUACUACCCUCCAAAGUCCCCUGUGUUAAAUUAUUUUGGCUACCCGGAUACAGAUGUCAGAAUCCCAGUCCGUGAUAUGAUUAUGGAAGCCGCCCAUAACAAAACGCGCCUCUUCUUGUCUCAUUUUACCAGCACGACACACCACCCUUGGAAUGUGCCUGAAUUUUUUAAUAAAACGAAAUAUAUGGGUUCGGGGUCACACGACCAUAUGAAUAGCUUCCUUAAUACUAUCAAUUACGUGGAUCACUGGAUGGGCGAAAUUCUUGGAAUGCUUGACGAGGCCGGUAUUGCGAACGAGACUCUGGUGGUUUUCGUUGGUGAUCAUGGACAAGCCUUUGAAGAGGAUGGGCCUAUGACGGGCACCUAUAAAAACGGCCAUAUCAGCAAUUUCCGUGUCCCAAUCGUCUUCCGGCACCCACAUCUUCCGCGUAUCAAUGUCAAUGCCAACGCAACCUCAAUGGCUAUUCUACCCACCAUCCUCGAUCUACUCGUUCAGAGCAAGUCCCUGAAUCAGUUCGACACCGCGGCAGCUUCUGACCUCAUUCAUGAUUAUCAAGGACAAUCUAUGCUUCGCCCAUAUAAGUCCGAGCGCAAAGGCCGAUACUCGUGGAAUCUUAGCAUCAUCAACUCUGGUGGUGAUAUGGUGUCCGUGCAGUCCGCAGGCAAGCCAUGGCGAGUGAUUAUUCCGCUCAAACAAGAUUUCUCCUACCGAUUUACCAACUUAGAAACCGACCCUGACGAACUUGAUCCAAUUGAAGGUUGGCAAGUACCCGACCUAACGAAGACUCUGAAGCACAAAUGGGGUGAUGAAGCUGCAGAUUGGCUUGUUCAGGCCGAUCUAGUCACCCACUGGUGGAAAAAAGAAAUGUAUCGACUUUACAAUUACGAUAAAGGAGAAUAG